AUGGAGGCCUGUGUGAUGAAACCAGAGGUCAAGAAGAAACCCAAACCACCUAAACCUCCUCCAAGGCCUCCCAUUGAGACAAAUACAAUUGAGUCCAGUUUACUAGAGAAACCCACCCCAGUCCAGACCCAAUUCCAGACCCAGGUCCAGAGACCAGUCCCAGUGCAGAGGAAGACCCCAGUGGUUCCCCCGCGGCCCUCAGACUCAGAGCUGAGUUACACACAGAGCCAUCAAAGGAGACUCCAGGUCAGUGCAAAUGUGAAUCCCAAAGAAAAACAGACUGAAACUCCAGUGAUUCCUCCCAGACCCACAGAGGAGACUCAUGUGUCAGAAGGCACAGAGGAGGAGGGCUCGGACGUGAACAGACUGGCUCCCGGCUCCAAACAGGGAGGGCUUAAGGCCGUCAUGAAGAGUCUGCAGUUUAAACCCACAACGAAGGUACAGAGGAAGAAGCAAUCUCAAAUAUGUGAAGUGGUUACAGCCAGGCGAGCAGAGACCCCAGACCCGAACUCAGUCGAAGCAUCAACAGAAGAGAAAUCUGAAAAACACAAAGAGGCAGAAACAAAACUGGACAAGAAAAAGGAGCUCUCUGCCAGUUCUGACAGUCUGUCUGAAAACAAGGAAAAAGGUGGAAUUUUCAGUGGGAUGUUCAGAAAGUCUCCCAAAACAACAGAAACGGCUCAGAAUGAAGAGUCUGAGGCCUUGACCAGUGAAGACAGUGUCUCUGAAAACAACAACAAGGCCAAAGAAAAGGGAGGUGUUUUCAGUGGAAUGUUCAAGAAAUCUCCCAAACCACAAGUGGAGCAGCAGCCAGAGGAGGAGAAACAACCUCUCGAUGAUACCGUUUCAACGAGCAGUGGUGAAACUUCUGAAGGGAGUGCUAAGGAAAAAGGAGGAAUUUUCAGUGGGAUGUUCAAGAAAGCCCCUAAACCAACAGAAGAAGCCCUAACUGAUGAGGAGAACUUGGACAAAGAGCUUUCCACCAGCAGUGAAAAUCUGUCAGAGAAAAAGAAGGACAAAGGGAUGUUCAGCGGCCUGCUCAAAAAGACUCCAAAAACUUCAGAAAAGACUGAGAUGCCGGAGGGAGAUGAGAAGAAAGAACCACAAGGCAGCACUGAUGACCUGUCUGAACGUAGCACAAAUAAAGAGAAGAAUAUUUUCACCAACAUGUUCAAGAGGCAGAAAACAGUGGAAGACCCCGAGCCAGAGAAGGAACAGUCUGGGGAUGAACUUUCGGCAAGCAAUGAAAAUCUGUCUGAGAAUAAACAGGAGAAAAGUAAAUUCACCAGCCGCUUUAAAAAAAACCAGAAACCAGCAGAGGGCGCCACAGCUGAGAAGGAACAGUCUGGUGAUGAACUUUCAGCGAACAAUGACAAUCUAUCAGAGAAUAAACAGGACAAAGGGAUGUUCAGUGGCCUUCUCAAAAAGACGCCAAAGACUCCAAAAGAAAGAGCAGCUUCACCAGAGAGAGAGGACAAAGAAGAGAUGACAGCCAGCAAUGAUGACUUGACUGAAGUGACCAAAGAGAAAAGUAUAUUCACCAACCUCUUUAAGAAACCCCAGAAACCAGCAGAGGGCGCCACAGCCGAGAAGGAACAGUCUGGUGAUGAACUUUCAGCGAGCAAUGAAAAUCUAUCAGAGAAUAAACAGGACAAAGGGAUGUUCAGUGGCCUUCUCAAAAAGACACCAAAGACUCUAAAAGAAAGAGCAGCUUCACCAGAGAGGGAGGACAAAGAAGGGAUGACAGCCAGCAAUGAUGACUUGACUGAAGUGACCAAAGAGAAAAGUAUAUUCACCAACCUCUUUAAGAAACCUCAGAAACCAACAGAGGGCGCCACAGCUGAGAAAGAACAGUCUGGUGAUGAACUUUCAGCAAGCAAUGAAAAUCUAUCAGAGAAUAAACAGGACAAAGGGAUGUUCAGUGGCCUUCUCAAAAAGACACCAAAGACUCCAAAAGAAAGAGCAGCUUCACCAGAGAGGGAGGACAAAGAAGAGAUGACGGCCAGCAAUGAUGACUUGACUGAAGUGACCAAAGAGAAAAGUGUAUUCACCAACCUCUUUAAGAAGCCCCAGAAACAAGCAGAGGGCGCCACAGCUGAGAAGGAUGAGAACAGUGAAGAUCUGUCUGAAAGCAGUGACAGUCUGUUUGCCUCCACAGCUCCCAAAGAAAAGAAAGGAGGAUUUGCAGGAAUGUUCAAACGAUCUUCAAGUAUUGACAACCUUUUUGACAGUGAGGACAAUAUCUUCACUGGCAUGUUCAAAAAGCCUAAUAAAAAUACAGAGGCGAAAUCUGCAGAUGAGGAUUCUGUUGGAGACACACCACUUUCUGCAAGUUGUGAAAAUUUGUCUGAAGGCUCCAAAACGAAGGAAAAGUCUGGAGGCUUUGCAGGGAUGUUCAAAAAGUCACCAAAACCUUCUCCACGACUGACCACUGAUGAGGAUCCUCUGAGUGAUGCACAGUUUGAGUUUGGGAGCUGUGACAGUAUCCCAGACAUGAUGGUGCAGGAGGAGAAUCUGUCAGCCAGUAAUGAGGACCUGUUAGCAAAGGAGAAGAAAUCGGGGUUUGCUGGUUUAUUUAGGAGGACGCCCAAGAUUGUUGAACCAAAGGACGGUGAAGAUGAGCAGCCAGCAACAGGCCUGGGAAUAAAACGGAGAAGGACAAUUACGAAGAAAAAAAGAGUUGUGUCAUUCAGAAUAAAAAAGACCCUCCCUAGAUUACCAAAACUCACUGCACAGGAAGCAGACAAAAUGCCGAUGAUUGAGGAAGCAGUGGAAAUGCAGGAACUGAACCCAGAGCAGGAGGAGGCAGUGGAGGUGGAGAAUGUGGAGAUGGCUGCUUAUCCGACUGAAGAAUCCCCCAUGGAGACAGAAGAGGAGAAUGACGAACUGAUGGAGUGGUGGAAAACAGUCGCAGGUUGGGCGGAGUGGAAUGAGACUUCUAAUCAGGAGGAAAAUGAACAAGAAGUGAUGGAGGAAGCUGCCGAUCGUGUGUACAUGGCAGCGCGUCUGUUCGUUCAUCUCUUUAACCAGCGGGGAGCAUCACUGCAGCACAAAAUCCUGGAGCUUUUGGCAUUAGCCGACGCUGCGGACCAGUUUCACAAGAAGACGGUUUCUGCAGCGGUGGGAGGGGGCGUGGCCAGUGUCGCCGGGAGCAUUGCCACCAUCACAGGUCUGAUCUUGGCUCCCUUCACAUUUGGAGCGUCCAUCAUCGUCACAGCUGUGGGGAUUGGAGUGGCCACAGCCGGAAGCAUCACCUCAGCAACGGCCAAUAUCACAGACACUGUCCACUCCAACAUGGACCGAAAGAACAUGGAGAAGAUGAUCCAGGGAUACCAGGAGGAGAUCAAGGACAUACGAGAGUGCCUCGAGUUCGUUCAGGAAGGUAUAGACACCCUGCAGGAGUGGGACUUUGAGAAAUUCUCUGAGAGCGCUGCUAAAAAAGCUUUAAACCACAACAUCAAGCAUGUGGUGAAGGAGGGCGGUCGUGCGGGGAAGGCCUUAAUGAUAAACACAGACAAACUGAUCAGCACAGUGCAGGUGCUCGGGGCAGCGGGGGGCGCCGCUAAGGCUGUCCAGGCCAUAAGCGUAACCACUGGAGUCAUGUCCGCUCUGUUUCUCGCACUGGACGUUUUCUUCUUAGCCAGAGAUUCACAUGAACUUCGGAAAGGUGCCAAAACCAAAUUUGCGUCCAAAAUUCGAGACGUGUGCAAAGAUCUACAAGACGGGCUUUUGGAGCUGAACAAAGUGAAGACUCAACUGCAAAAAACAAUGGAUGGAAUCGAGGUGGAGGAAUAUGAGGAAAUACAGGAAGUAGAGGAGGAAGUAGAGGAUGAGUUUGAAUGUGAUCCGGUGAAAUUAGCCGAACUGGAGCAAGAGUUGGAUCUCAUGGAGGAAAAGUUGGAUAAAAAAGUUGAGGAGGAGAAGAAGAGGAAAGAAGAGGAGGAGAGAAGGAAAAAGAAAGAGGAGGAGGAGAGGAAAAGGAAGGAGGAGGAAGAAGCAAAAGCAGCAAAAGAAAAGUUGCUUCGAAGAGUCUGAGGAUACAGAGGAUGGAGAUGGCGAUCUUAAAAAAGUAAAAUCUGAUAUUAAGUUAAAAAGUGAAAAAGAACCUAAGAAAUUAGAUGAGGAGAAAUCGGAAAGCGUUUACAGCGUCAAAGAGUCCAUUAAGGAAUUUUUUAAAGAUCCUAUUUUGAAAGUUACCAAGAAAGACAAAGAAUUGGAAAACAAAAUUACAGCAGAUAAGGAGAAAGGUGAGAAGGAUAAAUCAAUAUUGGGAAAGAAAUCGCACAAGAAGGAAGCUAGUUUGUCUGGAAAAGAGUUAUUAGAAGGUAAGGAAGAAGAGGAAAAACUGGAAAAAACUAAAAGUAAAAAACAAGACGAUAAAAUGAAGGUUAAGAGUCAGAAAGAGGGUCAGACAGCUAAGCAAGAUUCAAAAACUGAUGAGAAAAAUAUUAGUAAAGGAGAGGAGGAGAAAGGUUCCUUGACUAAACAGGAGGUAACAGCUAAGGUUAAUCCAAAAGUUUCAGUCAAAAAUCAGGAAGAAAUUAAAGAUGAUGUGACUAAAGCUGAGGAAAAAUCAAAUUUCAAAAGCUUACGAGAAAGCUGGUUGGCCAAACAGGAAAAUGCUGAGGAAAAAGUUUAUUCCAAAAGUGUGAAAGACAUUCCUAAAUUUGAGACAAAUGUAGAUCAAAAAGUUAAGAGUCUUAGAGAGAGCUGGAUGGCAAAAGAAGAUGUCAAGACUAAAAAUGAUGAAAAAAUUGCGAUUCCUAAAGAAAGUUAUAAGGUACAAGAGGAAAAAUUAAAGGUUGACAGUCCAAGUUUGUCAAGUAGGAAACUAGAAAGUACUUCAAAAAGCCUUCAUAGUAGUAGCCAUAGUAGUAGUAGUAGUAGUAGUAGUUUUAGAACUGAUGGGAGUAAAUUAGAACAUCACCAUGGCGAUGGAGAGAGGAGGGAGCGCUUGGACAGAGAGGGAUGGUGCAGCUGGGUGGAGCCGGAGCAUCAUUCUAGGAAGGAACUGAAAGAGGACAAACAAAGCGGACAUUUUGAAAGAGGCGAAGAGGUGGAGAGAGGGAGCAGGAGGAGCCAUAGAGAAAGUGGGAGGAGUCAUGGGGGUGAUGUGCGGAGUCAUGCUGAAAGUGGGAGGAGCCAUAGAGAUCAUGAAAAGGCAGGAGAUAGGGAAAGUAGGAGGAGCCACAGAGAGAAGGAUGUUGACGUAGAAAGUAGGAGUGGCCACAGGGAGAGUGGGAGGAGUUCUAGAAGUAAUCAUGGAGCUAAAGAUCCUGCAAGUGGCUAUAAAGACACCAGGGGGAGCCACAGAGACUUGGACAUUGAUGCAGAAAUUAGGAGUGACUACAGGGAAAGUGGGAGGAGCCAUAGAGAUCAUAAUAAAGGGGAAAGAGAAAGUAGGAGGAGCCACAAAGAUAGUGAGAGACGGCGAGAGCACGGUGGAUCACGACCAAGGUCUAAUGCUCUGCUUGAUGAUGGACUGAACAUUUAGCACAAAAAGUUAAAGCCAUAUUGCGGAACAUAAGGGGUUAGGUACACUUUAUUGUCCAGGAAAGCAUAGUGCAGGAACUCAUCAAACUGUAGUUAACAAAAUGUAUUUUUAAUCUGAGCUGUUUUAAAAAUCCAUAAACAUAAAUGUAAUUCUAAAACAAUGUGCUGUGUGCUACUUUGAUGGGCCUGAACUAUUAAACAGGGUGUCUAAAAAAAUUUGACAUAAUUUUAAAGGCAAUUAUCUUAAAACUACUAAGUCUAGCUCAGUGAAAUUGAACAGUCAGAGUCUGGACCCGGACACCAUCUCAUACAGACUUGGACAGGGUCAGCCUGUUGUUCCCCAUACCUCUGUUUCUUGGUGCCUAUGUUCCUCAGGGGAACAGCUUUACCUCCAAUUGCGAAAGGUGCCGAUGUUCCCCGUUAACACCAUGGGCCAUCCUCAUCUCAAGUUAUCAUCAUGAACUCAUGAACUAACAGCACUAAAGACACAGGCGCACUCACUGUAGCGCUCAGCCCCUCAGAACGUGUUUGGGGGUCUGGUCCUUGGUCUUGUGCCGUCCUCCAAGCACGCUGGUCAGAUUGGUCCGGAGGACUCCGUCCUCUAUGUGCUGGUUCCAGACGGGGGUGAGCAAGUGAAGCCGUGUGGGCUACUCCUGUCCUCUGUGCUCGAGGACUGCGGCUUGUUCUCAGGUGGCGCAAAGCAUCCGGAUAUAAGCGCAAAUCCCGUUUGGUUAGUUAUAUUGCUCUGAGCAGUCCGUCCUCUGCACACUUGGUUCUUCCCGGAGAAAGUGCUUCUCAGGCCUAACAUCACUCCCCGCUCCAGUUCAUCUGAGUCCGGCCUGAACCAGAGCUGCUCCUGCUGGGUCAAGGACUCUGGGUUUGGAUCUAGUCUGACUGUAGAAUUUCUGCAUUAGGCCAAAUGCAUUUCAUUUUAUAAAUUGAAUCAACUGAACAGGGCCUAUUCAGUUUAGAGUCUAAACUUUACACCACUGUAUUAAUGGACCAAGUAACAUACAAACCAAUCUUGAUGCUACUUAGCCAAUCAAAUCUGUGCAUUCAAGCCGAUCACAACUCUGAAUGCAGACACAAAGGAAAGAGGUUUUGAGAUAUCUGUUUAAAAAUGUAUUGAGACUGUUAAGUUGAGAUGUGAAAGCUAAAGAAAAAGGGAAACUCAAGCUGCUGCUUUUUUCUGAAAUUAAGCACUUUGUUUUAAGAUUUUGCCGUUUUAUUUUUUUUCCUCAAAUUCAUUUCAAAUUGCAGCCCUAUAUCUAAUGUAGGCCUACUGUGUGUUUCAGUGUUAACAAUACAUUUUGUUGAAAUGUUUUUAAACUUGUAUUUUCAUUGAUUCGUCUAUUGUUCAUACAGUCAGGCAUUCAUAAAACUAGGCUACUUCUGUAUCACAAUCAUAACGCAAGUUAGACAUUAUGAUGUUCUGGACCUCUGCUUGAGGAGAUUUUCUUUCAGCGAACCUCCUCAAAGUUUAGUUGAAUUCCCCUGGUAUAAGUAUUGCACAUCGUAAGUUUAUUAUGGAUGCACAGUCUUGAGUGACUGUGUGCGAACAUAUUCCAAGAUGCAAAAUCACUUCUCUUUGGGAGUGAACGGCAUGGCCCAACCUGAAAACAGAACAAAAAUAAAACAUUAAAUAUAAAAUCUUGAUCUGUUUCUAUACAUUCUGUGAAAAUUUGAGAUUAUUUCAACAAGAAUUGCCAAAAUUAUUGGCCCACGAAAUUAUGUAAAAUUUUUUGGGACAUCCUGUAUAUUGAAAGAUAGGGAAAGAAUAGGCCAUAAUGCAUCAGUUUUCACAUUUUGUUACCAAAAACACUCCUUUUUGUACUGUGUUAUGUCUGUGGUGUAAUUAAUAUAAUUUUGUAAAAGAUCUGUAUGUGUAUAUAUUGUUUGUAAUUAACAUUUUCUAAACCACUUAUGCAACAUGAGAACUGAAUCUAAACUGUUACAAAAAACUGGAGAUACAUUUUACUUUUUAUGACAAUAAAUUCAUUCAGAGCACUUUAAACUGGACAGUAUCAGUCAAAUGUUUAGAGUUCUCUUAAUUACGUACAUUUUUGGCUUUUCAAAAAACUAAAAUGACAAAUUGAACCAAUUUUUUUUUUAUUUUUUUUUUUUAAUACAAGGCUAAACCAAGAAGUUACACAGUUGAUCUUUAAAUGGUAAACCACUGGCAUAGAGAAUUGUGUCCAAAAGGUUUGAAUGUACAUCAUGACCUAGAUAUUUUAUUAUUUAGCUUAUUUAUUUACUAUUUUCCUGUUUGGCUUUUGUAGGGGAAAUUAUUUAUAUAUGGAAAGCAGGUAUAUAUCGAAAGCAGGUGUAUUUGUGUAACAUACUUUCAUUACCUUUGUAUAAAUUACAUUAAUAAAAUAGGACUUUUUGCA